CGCGUCCUGCCGCAGUCCCUCCGCCGCUAGUUGGAGCGAGCGCGAGUGAGGAGACCCCUGCCAGGCCACCCGCCCUUGCAUCCUCUGCAGCUCCUACUCGCGAUCUCAGCCCCCUAGCUCCAAAACGCAGCCUGCAGCCUAGGCUGCGCUGCGUGGGAGGGCUUCGUGGUCUCCGGGGACGAUCCCGAACUUGCAGGGGACCUCGGCUUCCCCGGCCUGGAGAGUGAACAGGAUUGUGGACGCUUCCAAGAUUUACAAUGAUAUGGUGAAUCCAAAGGCUGAAACCAAAAAAGAUUGACUCAGCAUUUUAGUUUUCACAGCAAUCAAUCAUCUACCAACACCCAUCAUGGCUAAAAGUGCAGAGGUCAAACUGGCAGUAUUUGGGAGAGCAGGCGUGGGCAAGUCGGCUCUUGUAGUGAGAUUUCUGACCAAACGGUUCAUCUGGGAAUAUGAUCCCACCCUCGAAUCAACCUAUCGACACCAAGCAACUAUUGAUGAUGAAGUUGUUUCCAUGGAGAUACUAGAUACUGCUGGUCAGGAAGACACCAUUCAGAGGGAAGGACACAUGCGAUGGGGAGAAGGAUUUGUGCUGGUCUAUGAUAUUACUGACAGAGGAAGUUUUGAGGAAGUACUGCCACUUAAGAAUGUUCUAGAUGAGAUCAAAAAGCCCAAGAAUGUGACUCUCAUUUUGGUUGGAAACAAAGCUGACUUAGAUCACUCCAGACAGGUUAGUACAGAAGAAGGGGAGAAGCUAGCCACAGAAUUAGCAUGUGCCUUUUAUGAGUGUUCUGCCUGUACUGGAGAAGGGAACAUCACAGAGAUAUUCUAUGAGUUGUGUCGGGAGGUGCGACGCCGGAAGAUGGUGCAGGGCAAGACAAGGCGACGCAGCUCAACCACGCAUGUCAAGCAAGCCAUCAACAAGAUGCUCACCAAGAUCAGUAGUUAGGCAGCUCUGUUCUUGCAGAGGUCCUGUUGAGGUGGGUCGGGUCAUUGCAAAAACUCUCUUGACAAUUUUUUCUCCUUCCAAAAAUGUAACAAAGUGUUCCAGUCCUUGUUUUCACUCUGGGAAAUGUCUUGCUCUCAACCUCUGAAAACAUAGGAAGUUUGAGAGUCUUUUAUGCAAUUUCAGUGCUGCAAUUUCUCUUUCCUGCUUGAAUAGAAUGCCCUCUAAUGUAGUUUGAAUAUGUAACUACCUGAGAUUCUGAAAUGGCUGGGUUCAUGUUGAGCUAUUUUUAGGCAUCUUCACCUUGCUUAAAUAGGUCAAAGUCUUUUUAAAGGCAUUU